AUGGCAAAAUCACCAGAGACAGAGCACCCGGUGAAGGCAUUUGGGUGGGCAGCCAGAGAUACAUCCGGCGUCCUCUCUCCCUUCAACUUCUCCAGAAGGGAAACAGGGGAAGAAGACGUGAGAUUUAAAGUGUUGUAUUGUGGAAUAUGCCAUUCGGACCUUCAUAAUAUCAGGAAUGACUGGGGCAUGGCCGUGUAUCCUAUGGUCCCUGGCCAUGAGAUUGUGGGCGUAGUAACCAUGGUGGGUGGCAAUGUGAAAAAGGUAAAAGUUGGAGACAAAGUUGGUGUGGGGUGCAUGGUUGGAUCGUGUCACUCAUGCGACAAUUGUGCUAAUGAUCUUGAGAAUUAUUGUCCCAAAAUGCUACUUACUUACAAGUCCAUCUACUAUGAUGGAACCAUGACAUAUGGAGGUUAUUCUGAUGUUAUGGUUUGUGACCAACACUUCAUUGUUCGUUGGCCUGAAAACCUGCCUCUCGAUGCUGGUGUUCCUCUUCUAUGUGCUGGGAUCACUACUUACAGCCCACUGAAAUAUUUUGGAUUGGAUAAGCCUGGUAUACAUUUGGGUGUAGUUGGUCUAGGUGGGCUAGGCCAUGUAGCUGUGAAGUUUGCUAAAGCUUUUGGAGCUAAGGUGACGGUGAUUAGUACAUCCCCUAACAAGAAGAAGGAAGCUAUUGAGCAUCUGGGUGCUGAUUCAUUUUUGGUCAGUCGGGACCAAGAUCAGAUGCAGGCUGCCAUGGGCACAUUGGAUGGUAUCAUUGACACAGUCUCUGCUGAUCAUCCUCUCCUUCCAUUGAUUGGUCUGUUGAAGUCGCAUGGGAAACUUGUCUUGGUUGGAGCACCAAACAAGCCACUUGAGCUACCGGUCUUUCCUUUGCUUAUGGGGAGGAAGAUAGUGGCUGGGAGUAUCAUUGGAGGGAUGAAGGAGACCCAAGAAAUGGUUGAUUUUGCAGCAAAACACAACAUAAGAGCAGACGUUGAGGUUAUACCAAUGGACUAUGUCAACACUGCCAUGGAUCGUCUUGAGAAAGCUGAUGUUAGGUACCGAUUCGUGAUUGACGUUGGAAACACCUUGAAAGCAGUCAUGUAAAAAAGCAUACCUGAUGAAAUCCACAUCUAUAAAGUAGCACCCUAGUGUGUGG